AUGGAAUUUGAAAGAAUGAAUAAAAUGGAAAAACAAAAGGAGGAACAAAAGAUUGACCAACAUGUAGAUGACAAAAAGAAAGAAGAGCCAAAGUUAGAAGAGGAAGUAGAGAAAUCACCAGCCGCCACCACCAAUGAAAAACACUACAAGGAAGCUGAAGAAGAUGAAUAUUCUGAUUUAUAUUAUCUCUAUCUCUAUAUUACCUAUGUAUUUUGGUACAAUUAA